GGCCAUAUUGAGGCUGCAGUUCCUUAGGCUACGGAUAUAAUUCCUCUUUUCAGACUCAGCUGAUGGUGUGGGGACCUCAGCUCACUGUUGAUCUUCUUAUCCUCUAGGAAGUAAUGACGACCUGGAAGAAAAGUGAAGUUUCCCAGUUUCCCUUGGUUUAUAUAGCCAUGAGAAGAAAACACCAAGCACAUCUCCGUUAACCCAGAAAGAUGGCGUGUGUGACUCUCAAGCGGUCGCUGGAGUUUGAUCCUCUGCAUCACGGGAGCUGCACACCACGUCCCCACAAACGGCGGCGUUGUAUGCCCAUGUGUGUGUCACCGCAGAGUGCUGCCGCUGCUACUGCACGCCACACAGAGUCACAGUCACCUUUCUCGGAGGUCACUCCUACACUUACUCCAGAACAAAUAGCACAAAAUGUGAGAGAGGAAAUCCGCAGACUGAAGCGCCGCAAGAUCCUGCAGUGUGGGGAGCGCAGCAUGGACUGUGAGGGUGGCUAUGAAUCUCCAGCCUCUCCACCCUCCCCAGCCUCACUUACCUCACCCCUUCCCUCACCCUCCUCAUCUGCCAGCGCAAGUGUGGCAUCGCUCCACCCCUCCCAACACUCGUCUCUCAGCAAAGAUAAACCUCUCUUCACCUUCAGACAGGUGAAUCUGAUCUGUGAGCAACUACUGCGUGAACGGGAGACAAAUAUCCGUGAGGAGUAUGACAAGGUGUUGGCCUCUAAGCUGGCUGAGCAGUAUGAUUGCUUUGUUCGUUUCACCACAGACCAGAUACAGCAGAGGCUGUCCCAAGCGGCCCUUCCCAGCUAUCUUUCUUAGGAUGGAACUUUGCUAUUUUGCUAUGGACUAUGUGCCUUCGGAGGUACAAAGAAUGAAAAGUUGCUGGGAAAGUUUAUCCCCGAAAGUGUAAACUUUGUACAUAAGAACACACUCAUGCUGUAAAGGUGUUCACAGAGCAAGUGUAAUUAAAGAUUGCCGGAUGAAAUGGAUAUAAACCUCAUCUUGAUCUUGUCAGUGAUUGUAAAAGUGAUGUGUUUCGUAAGAUAGUGUGAAACCACUAUAUCCAUAUCAUUCAAGGCUGUAUGUCAGUAUACUAGUCUUGGGUUAGCCAAGAUAUAGACUCAAGACACUAAAGGAGCAAACUUUACAAGUUAAGAGGGACUUAAUAGCAACCAGAAGUGGCAGCUUUGGUGACAAGCGCAAGUUAACUUGUGGUGCUCAUAAUGUGUGGCAUUCCUCAACUGUUGUGUGUAAAUACCUUCUAACCCAUCAGUUGCCUUUCACACUUUUCUUGCUGUAAGUAGGUGCUUUGCAGAGUGAAACUUCAGCAAAACUAGACAUGCCUGACAGUAACCUCAGGUAUUUCAAAGCCCUGUCUGCGAGAAAGGUUGUGAUUGCCUGUUCAGAGUUGAGCUAGUACAGGAAGACAGCCACAGCAGCAGUCACAUUGCCUUCAUGUGAAUAUUAACUUAGGGUAGAGCUCCGUAUUGCCUUUUUUUAUUUAAGUUUUGGCAUAAAUUUAUAUUUGACUUGCUUCUCUUAACUUGUCUUGAUAUUUGCUACUACUUAAUGAAGGUUUCAUAUCUUGGACUUGAGUUAGGAAGGAGAUACCCAGGCGAUGUCUUCCUGCAUUAGUAUCUUGUAUCAUGAGCCCUCUUGUGCAGGGCAGUAUCAACCCACCAUUAUAAAUCAGUAUCACACCAUUGCUGUUUUAUUAGAGAUCUGUUGUAUAAUUAUUUACUUAUGGGUGUUGUGUCUAAUGUGGGUAAUGUGUACUUUUAGGCAUAAUAAGGUGUUAGGUUCAAAGGACAUCAGUCUGCCAGUGCAGGGGGGAACCUGCAUGAUGUGUGAAUGGCCGUAGUGUUAGUAACAGUGGAUCUUGACAAGAUCGGCUCACUGUAUGAAUUUACAUCUAGAGUAGGAUAAGGUUUUUUUUUUUUAUUAUUAUUAUUAUUAUUAUUAUUAUUAUUAUUAUUAUUAUUUAUUUUUAUUUAUUUAUUUGUUUUUAUUUUUUAUUUAUUUAUUUAUUAUUUUAGAUUGUGAAGCUUGUCGGUCUCAUGUCUUGCAUAUUGUGAACAGUUAAAAUGGGAUUAAAUAAGCUUCAUAUUCACUGUCACUAGCUGCGAGAGCAGUAACUUUGAUGAAUUGAUGUCAUGUAUGGUUGUGAUCUGAAGUUUAGCAACUUGUCAUGCCAGUUUCCACUGUGUUUAGCAAUUUCCCUCCCUCAUAAGUCCUCAGACCUGCUGAUAAUCUCUUCAGAAAUCCUUACAAUAGAUAGGUUCUGUGCAGAUAGGACUUCAAAUUGAGGAAAGAUGUUAAAACACAAUGGUAGUGCAUAUGGUAUGUUACCAAACUUCUAAUGAUAACUGUACUCACCUUGAUGCAAAAGACUUGGUUUCUCUUUCUUUGUUUUGUUGUUGUUAUUAUUAUUAUUAUUAUUAUUAUUAUUAUUAUUAUUAUUAUUAUUUUAUCUCUUUAGUGAAUGAAAUAUUGUUGUGCAGCAGCUAUGACUUUCCCUUGUGAGUGUCACCUUCUUCACUUACUUUGCCUUCUUACAGACUGGCUUACCAUUGUUGUGUUUGGCAGAGGAUCCAAGACAGGAGUGUGAAACUGACUCUGUUGGUGUUAUAGUGUUAAUUUUAGUAUUCACAUCUUCAGUGUAAGUUUCUUUCUCUUCAUUUAUUUUAUAGGUACCCACUGUUUGUUAUAAGUUAGUUAAUCUGACAUUGUUGCAUGAACUCUGAUAUAAGGAGCAAUUGUUUACUAUUUAUUUUCUUGUUCUCACUUUUUUACUGACUUGUAUCAUGAAAUAUACUUGUUAAUGGGGAAAUACAA